AUGAUUGAGCAUACUUACUUCGAGGAAUAUCCAAACUUGUCCAUAGAGGAACGGUUGUCGUUCUUGAAAACAGUAUCGACUUCAAUUGUCUCCAACGACCUCCAAAAACGAGCCAUAUUGAAUAACCAUACUGUCUUUUUGAGAAAGCUAUUGGAUGACCUAUUAUCAACAGCUGACAGCCAAGAGCACGCAGAUCAAUUAGUUAACUAUUCUUUGCUAAUCUUGAACUCAUUGAUUUAUCUUACAUAUGAUGCUUUACCAAUAUUUUCGAGAUUGAAUGCCAUUUCUUACUUGAUUCGCAACGCUACUUUGUUGACAUCUCAAUUAUCUGGAUCCUCACUGCUGCAGAUAAUCUUGAAGAAUCUAUCUUGGAACUUCAAGGCGUUCGCAAAAAUAUUAUUCUAUACCGAUGAUUCUGACUUGGUGUACACCGUCAAUGAUGAUUUCAUCGAUCUGGUUGUAUUGUUAAUGGCUUAUUCACCUAGCCCAUCAGCAAGCGGGGCGUCUUUAUUGGACAUCCAAGAAUCAUAUAAUUCAUGCCUUUUCAAUCUAUUCAACGUCCUAUCAAUUUUGGCUAAUAUUUCAGACUCCAUGAAAAUAAAAAUGUACCCCUACCUACUCAAAAAGGUUCUUAUCGAAACUUACCCAAUUUUGGACUCCUUAAUCAAUCCCUCGUUACCUACAACAACCCCGUCAUUAACAAUAGGCCAAAUAUUGUCUAAUAUUAACAAGGGAGACUCGAUAAGGCUUGAACACAUAGAUAACCUUGACUUUAUAAACUUGAAUAACAAAUUGAUCAACAGAUUGGACACCAAAUACCCUUCAUUCAAAAACUUUUAUUUCUCCAAUACUUUACCUGAACACUGUCCAAUUAAUUUGUCGUUGAUACCAAUUUUUUUACCAUCGAUGUUUUAUUCAUUUGCAAAUAUGUUGGACAUAAAAGACCCUCAAGAUUUAAUUCGUCUCCUUAACGAAAAUGAUUCGUCAAACUCACAUGGCAAUCUCAUCUUACCAAAAAAUUUAUACUUUGUGCUCUGUGGAUUUUUGAAUUCAAGCAAUUCUCAUAUCAAAUUGAGUUCGAUGAAUAUUUUGCAAAAAUAUUGCUUGAAUUAUGUUAACCAUUUACAAUUUCAAAUUGAUGAAGAAUCAUCAUCUUCUGCUAAUAUUGUGAAUAAUAAAAUCAUCUUUCACACAGUUUCGAAAUACUUGCCAUAUUUGAUGAAUGUUUUCCACCCAAAUGAUGAUGGUGCAAAAACCUCGGCUGUGAACGUUGAAUCGGCGCAAUCCCAUAGAUUUUCUAAUGAUAUUCCAAUUUCUAAGAAUCAAAAGCCUCUGGAUUUGGUUUUACAAGUAUGCAAGUUCAGCUCAACUAACUUGGAUAUUGAUCCUGCAAACCAGUUUUACGAGAUGAUUUUAAAAAAAUUGCAGAAUUACAAUGUUCUAAAGAUUGUGACUGAUAAAUUAUUGCAUUUGCUUAUUCAUAAACUCAUUAAAACUUUCGAAAGAAAUUAUAUUGACGAAACUUUAACUUCUUCAAAGCACAAGAAACAUAAAUCAAAUUCACCUGAAUGUAUUGGGGCACUUCAUAUCUCUCAUAGUGAAAAAAAGCUUAUAAGCUUUUCUAAAUCCAAUUUAUAUUUCACAGACAUUGCCUCCUUUGAAGCAAUCAGUGAUGCAAAUUUUUUAUUCAAAUAUGCUUCAAUUGAUGACUUGGAAUUGUUUUUGAACUGUUUUGAAAUUUUGAAUUGCUUUAUGUCCAUCAAGAAUAACAACGUAUACAAGAAGUUUGCAUUAAAUCAAUUAUUGAGCAUUGGGAAUGAGCCUAAAGUUCAUGAAAAUGCGAAAACUAUCGGAUCACUACAUGGUUCUAGAAGUUUUGGCAACGACAACACUAAUGUUGAUGGGAAUGUGUCAUAUGGAUACAGGACCUAUUUGAAUAAUUUAAAUUUGAUUGUGGUGAAUGUUUUGGCUCUUCAAUUGCGCGUUUGUGGAAGGAUAGAGAAGUUGGUGUGCUCUUCUAAGAAUAAUGGAAAGAAGGGGGUUAUUAAACUAUUGGACUAUUUGAGCAAGAAUUUUUAUAAGAAUCUACUCAUCAACAAAUUAGCUCAAAGCUUGGUGAACUUUUUGAAAUUUCUAUCAACUGAUAUUUUGUUACUACGGUCUUUCUUUGUCAUCAAUUUUAAUAAAGAGUUGGUCAUUGACUUGAUGAUAAGAAUUAAUAAGUUUUCAUUGGAAGAUAUUAUCAGGAGCUUUAAUGGAAUGGAUUCCUGUGAGAAGAUUAAUGAAUAUGAUAAUUGUCUAAACAUUCUGAUCACUGAUCUUAUGUCCAAGAUUCUCAAUGGUCCAGAAAAAAAUUCGCGAAGUUCACUACAACAGCAAAUUUCAAAAGCAGUUAUCAUUUCUAUAAGGAAUUUUGAAAAUUUCAAAACGAUUUUGAGGUCAAUUAUUGAAACAAAGACACUUGUAUGCUUGUUAUUUGCCAAUUUGAGCCUAGAAUUUUCUCCAAUUCAACAAUAUCUUUUAAGUUUGACAAUCGAAAAGCAAGACGGAAAAUUAGUUAUAAGGAACCAUGCAAUACCAUUCAAAGAUACCAGUAAAAACGUUUUAAUUGAUAUGAUUGCCACUAACAUAUCUGGCAUAUAUACUAGUGAUCCAGAUGAAACAGCUGCUAUUAGGAAUUAUGAUGAGUUUUCAUUUGUUAAUUACAUUUUUUGCAAUUCUAUGAGUUGCUUCGGAAAUAAAUCAAACUUGGAAAAACUCGAUUUUAUUGAAGAUUGCUUUGACUAUAGUAAUAAUUCCCAGGAAGCUUUCAGAAUUGUUAAUUUGGGAUCUGGCCUGCCAAAUGUUUGGAACAUUGAUAUUAAUAAUUUUAAUUAUUGCAAAUUUGAAGAAUUCAUAAAUGGCAGUGUUUCUAAGGACAUUUCAUUAAAAGUGGGCUACACGACUCUCGUUAAUUUUGUGUCUAUUUAUUCUUUGAAGCACGCAACUUUGAUGAUUCUUAAAAACUUGUUAUAUGAAUCUCCCAUGAAUUUGAAGACAGAUUUUGUGUUGAAAAAUUUGCAAUUCAAGAAUAUUUUGAAACCAUUAAUGGUGGACUGUGUUUUGGCUACGAGUCCGCUGGUGAUGAAUAGGUCUGGCUACACCAACACUCCUAAGAUCAAGGGGUUUGUUUUAGAUUAUAAGACUGAGUUGGUUAAUAUAGUUAGAAACUUGAUAUCCGAUUUGCCUAGGAUCAUUGGAGUUUUAAGCUUUAACAUUCGCGAAAGUGGUCCUUGUGUUAACGAUGAAAUUUUGGAUGGUGAAAUGGAGGAAUUUUUCAUGGACUUAACAUUGAAACACUUGACAUUAUCAAAUAUUAUUGAAAAACCAAAACUCGUGACGAAUAUUUUAUUCGUUAUCAAUAAUUUAUUAACCUUGAAUGAAACUUUUAGAAAUAUUGUCAUUUCCAAUGAAAUUUUAAUGAAAAGAUUGAAAUUGAUAUUGGAUUUGAGUAUGCAGGGGACUUUUGGUGAAGAUGUUUUUGAAAUAGAUGAAGCUAGUUUGAACACGUUUGUGGAUAUAGAUAUGGAAGUGUUGCAUAAUCUUGGUAUCAAGGGUGCUGAUAUUUUCGCUGAAGAUUUAUCAAUGUCAAUGAAGGAUGAUUUCAUCAAGAAAUUUUCUGAGAAUCUAGUCGGCAUGUAUGAGCAAACCAUGAAACAGAACACUGGUGGGAAUUAUUAUCCGCAUCAUCAUAAUGUUGAUUUCUUCAAUAUUAAAUUGGCGUGCGUUUGGAUAGUGAUCAAUUUGAUAUGGGACCAAGAUGAUCCCGAUGUUGAUGGUAUCAAGAAAAAAAAUCAACAUGGUGAUAUUUUUGAAACAGGUUCCAAGCAACCAAUGAGUGGAUUUUUUAACUCUAGAGAUUCGAUGACAAUUGUCGAUCGAUAUAAGAAGCUUGUUGCAUUGGGGUUCUAUGAAUCAGUCCAAAAUUUAGAGAAAUCAGAGAUGUUGGACCUUAAACAGAGAGCAUCUGCAGCGGUGAAGAACUUUGAUACUAUUAAAAGUGAAUUGGAGAGUUUGGGAGCUCUGCUUGUUUGA